UAGCGACGCUUGUUGGACAAGCCAAGGGAGCAAAAUGGCGGAUGACGAUAUAACGCUUGAUGGGAAACCUCUACAAUCGCUCCGUGUAGCGGAUUUAAAAGCUGCGCUGGAGCAAAGAAAUCUCCCCAAAACUGGACAGAAAAAUACGCUUAUAAAGCGACUAAAAGGGGCUCUUAUGUUGGAAAACCUGCAGAAGUCUUCUUCUCAUGGUGGGAUACAGCCCAAUUCCCAGAUUGGAGAGGAGAUGAGCCAGAACAGCUUCAUAAAACAGUAUUUGGCCAAACAACAGGAGCUUCUCCGUCACAAACUGGAGAGAGAGGCACAGCUAGAGGAGGAGGAGAUUGAUGAAUGCCAGGUUGAGGAAGGAAAAGACCAUUUGUUGGAAAACCCUGCCUAUGAAUCAAAGCAUUCUCUGGCUAGGAUGGAAGAAAGGCAAGUGGGGGAAUCAUUUGGUCAUGAUCUAAUGGCUUAUGCUUCUGGAGAUACUAUACAUGGUCUUCAUGGUGUGGAGUUUCAAGAGCCUCCAGGACCUGUAUUUCAACGUUUUUAUCAAGGACAACAGGAACUUCCAGCACCUUCUCCACCACGUGCUGUGGCUUCUCUGUCUGUGCGUGUGCUUGGGGAGCCCAAUUGCCAAGGACUUCCUCCUGCUGUGCCCCGGAUUCAAGAGAAGGCAAACACCGCACCCAGUGACCCAGCUCCCCCUGCGCUUCACCUCAGCCGCUCUGCAGGGGUGGCAUCAGCAGCCCGUGAGGACAGUGAAGAAGGGGAAGCGAGCGAUGACGACAGUGAUGACGACGACUGGGGUCCUGCGGCUUCUCGAAGGAGCAGUAAAGUAGCUCCUCAGCUGCAGCCCCCAAGUGCUGCUGCAGCCUCAGGUAGAUCCAAACGAAAGCUUCAGCCUCCACAGCAUAUCCCCCCCCCCCAGCUUCAAAGCCCGCUCCAGCUACGACACCCUACUCCUCCUCCCUCUCCUCCUCCAAACCUUUUCCCCCUUCCAGACACCCCAAAGCAGAGUCCACCAGAUGCCGAUCCGCCCUCAGGAGAAAGGUCAAAGGGGGGCACUCUUCCAUCAACUGCUAUGCAAAGGCAGGACUCUGACACCAGCUCACAGUCCAGUAGCCCUGAGCCUCCUGCACAGCGCCGACCUGGGCCUCUCUCUCUGCUGGUGCACAGGAUGGAGUCAGAGCAGGCUCUGGAUGAGACACAGUCCACCUCAGCUGCCGAUAUGUCAGGGGAGGAGUCACAGCCCCCUGUUGGGUCUGUUAGCACUGUGGAUGUUGGCAAAUCGUUACCACACAAGCCGGAUCGUAAAAAAGAACAAGAAAGCAGAGACAAAAGAAAAAGAGAAGAAGAAAAGGAAAAAAAGGAUUUUGAGGAAAAUGAACAGCACGGUUUCCAUUUGUCAAGAAGGCAGGAGGUACCAGACACCAGCUCUUCUAAAGUAAUGUGUGAAGUCCAAGAUUCUGAUUCAUCAUCAGAUUCUGACUCAUCUUCACGCUCAUCAUCUGAAAUAAUGAACAAACCAACCAGGCAGCAAAAGGAGGCACACCAACGACAAAGGAAGGAUGAGUUUGCACAGUCUGAAAAACACCUCGGGAAAAGUGAGGUGUCGGAGCCUAGUGCAGCUGCUGUCACUGAAGAGGAGCCAGACUCUGAGAGCUCCAUGGCUUUGCCAGCGGCUUCUGGGGCAGAGCCAGAGAACAGUGAGGGUCCUGUGGAGGAGAGCACCACUACGAAGGCUUUUGCUGCCCGCAAAAUAUCCUUGACCAGCAACAAGAUGUCUCCAGCUAGUGCUGAACGAGGAACGGGUGAGCCUGAAGCAUUGAAUGCCGGAAGGAAGAGGCGAUGGGGAUCCAGCACAGCAACCACUGCUAAGAAGCCUUCCAUCAGCAUCACCACAGACUCUCUCAAGUCUUUAAUCCCUGACAUCAAAGUCAAUCAGGAAGCUGUGGUAGACCUUCCUGCAGAGGAGCUUCAGUAUUCUGGGGAUGAAGACACCAUGGAUAGCACCCAGGAUGACCAGGACAACGGCCUGAAGAUUCAACGCACAGUCACACAGGUAGUUUCAAGCGAUAGUCAAAAGAAUGGAGGCAAUGAAGAGGGUGAAGGAGAAAAAAACGAUCAAGAAAAGCCCCUCAGAGUAUCCAAAGACCGACAAAAGAGUAGUGUUUCCGAGGAGGCAAUAGAGGCUGCAACGUCACCCAAACCUGGAGAGGCCAAGAAAGUUUCUCCCAGUGACACCCUGGUACGCCGAUCUAUUAGUCAACAGAAGUCAGGGGUUUCUGUUACUAUUGAUGACCCCAUCCGCACAAACAGGCAACCGUCACCACCACGAGGAAAAGUGUCCAAGAUCAUCCAUGUGACCAAUUUAGUUCGGCCCUUUACAGUGGGUCAACUUAAAGAGCUGCUAAACCAAACUGGAAGCGUGGUGGAGGACGGCUUCUGGAUCGAUAAGAUCAAAUCCCACUGCUAUGUCACGUACUCUACAGAAGAGGAAGCAGUUUCUACCAGAAAUGCCCUUCAUGGAGUAAAAUGGCCUCAGAGCAAUCCCAAAGUCCUCAGUGUGGACUUCAGUGAGCAGGAUGAGUUGGACUUCCACAAAGGCAUCCUAAAAGUCACAAAGGAACCAGACCAUAGCAUCCCAGUGCCCAGUGGACCUCAUCAGACCAGACUGCCCCCACUCAUGCCAGAACGAGACCGAGAUCGGGACAGAGAACGGGAGCGUGACCGAGGACUGGGUGUGGUCCGGGAUCUGUGGGCGGAGCGCGAACGGGAGAUGGAACGGCGAGAGCGGGCGAGGGGGGAGAGAGAGUGGGACCGCGACAAGAUCAGGGAGUUUGCUCGACCAGGGGAAGACGCACGACGAUCAAGAUCCAGAGAACGAGACCGCAGGAGACGAGAGCGGGCCAAGAGCAAGGAGAGGAAAUCUGAUAAGAAGGAAAAGGGAGACGAGCCUCCAGCCAAACUUCUUGAUGACUUGUUCUUGAAAACCAAAGCUGCUCCAUGUAUAUACUGGCUCCCUCUUACUGAAGAACAGGCAGCACAGCGAGUUUUGGAUCGCACAGAGCGCAAAAAAGAACGCGAACGAAUACGCAAGGAGAUGGACGAGGAGGACAAGAAGCGGGAGGAGGAGAAGAGGGAGAGGCUGAAGGCUCGGGAGAAGGAGAGUGGGGUGGGUGGGGGGGCAGCUCGGCGUGUAUCUGAGGGGGACAGAGGCCGGGAGGGAGAGCGGAGGAGGGACAGUGCUCGUGGGCCCAGGCGUCUCUCCGCUGGUAAUCCAAGACGCUCCCGAAGCCGCAGCAACCCCAGGGACCGGCGACGCUGAGGGGACUAGUGCAGGCAGCUUUAGAGCAGACAGGUGGAAGUUAUUGGGGACAGUUGGUCUGAGCUGAUGAGGGUCCUCACCACCUUCUACUUUUUGGUCCAUUUCAAAGCUGGUAUGGUCUUCCACACACCUUACCCCACCUCCAUAGAUUCCUUGAACACUGUUUUGGUUCAUGACUCUGUAGUAGUUUCUUUGUCUUCCCGCUGCAGAGUACCAUCCAUCUUUGUCCUGUAGAGGGCAGUGCUCCUUUUACUGUUUCAUGUUGGUCUUUCCUCAGUCAAGAGGCUCCCCUUCAUUUUCCCACAGAGGUUUUUAAGGCUCGACUAUUUUAGUUCUGUGGGCACACACUUCCUUUUUGCGACUCUGUAAUACCCAUCCAAAAUAGACCCUGUACAUUUAUGUAUUACAUUAGUUUUUAUUGUUCAGCACUGAGAUUUCUUUUACACCAAACAGAUUUUUCUUUCUUUUUUGGACAUGUUUGUAUUGAGGCAAAGGAUGGUGUUUUACUCAUUGUGUAUUUCAGCCCUACAUUGUCAACAUGGUGUUUGAUCAUAAAAUAUUACUUUUUGAGAGUAAGCCUACUGUGUCCAUUUGGGAAAACUCCUUGAUUUCCUAAUCAUAUAUAAUACAAGGUAAAAGAAGUUUGUCAAAUAAGAGUAAUGGUUAUAGUUUUAAUAAUUUUGAUUUUAGUUGAAUUUUCUUUUAGGUGCUGAAUGUACUGAGAAUUGAAAUGAAUAAAUGGAAAUGGUUAUCAA